GCGAAAUAGUCCGUCACAUCCUGGGGAGCUCUUGAGCACCACGUCAUAGUCUCUCUUAUGAAAACCCCAUACUGAAAGUCGCACCCCUUUUCACAUUUGUCAAGAGAGUUAGGAAAAACGAGAAUCGCUUUGCCAAAAAAUGGCUGCGCUAGUUGACUCCAUCGCCUUUUAUACCAACAAACUAUGGGAACUGAGAGAUACGAGAGUGGACGGCUGGCCAUUGAUGAGCUCUCCAUUGCCUGCUAUGGCAAUUUGCCUGGCUUACGUCUUCAUCGUCAAAGUAUUGGGGCCAAAAUUUAUGGAAAACCGGCCAGCGUAUGACCUGCGACGAGUUUUACUGUUCUACAACUUCUUUCAGAUUGUCGUCAAUGUCUGGGUGUUCUACGAACUAAGCCGCUACGGAUGGCUCAGCGGGAAUUACAGUUUUUUCUGCCAACCAGUUGAUUAUUCGUAUGACGAAUCAGCAUAUCGGGUUCUUAGAGCAUGUUACGUGUUCUACCUUUCAAAAUUCGUCGACUUAUUCGACACGAUAUUCUUCGUUCUCCGCAAGAAAAGUAAUCAAAUCACGAUGCUUCACAUUAUCCACCACGGCUGGAUUCCUACGACUUUGUGGCCGGGCAUCCGUUACGUUUGCGGAGGGCACGGUUCAUUUUUCGCAUUCCUUAACUCCCUGGUGCAUGUUGUCAUGUAUUUCUAUUACUUCUUGGCGGCGAUGGGACCACAAGUUCAAAAAUACCUCGGAUGGAAGAAAUACCUUACCACUUUUCAGAUGGUUCAAUUCGUCACUGCGUCCAUUCAUUGUUUCCAAUUGCUCUUUGUUGACUGCGAUUUUCCAUACCUUAUGUCCUGUUGGAUAGGCCUCCACGAAGUGUUUUUCCUUCUGAUGUUUCUCAACUUCUAUAGACAUACGUACCAGAAAAAUAAGAAAAUUCAUUCUUCGUCAAAGUCAGCAAUCACUAACAACAACAAUGACAGCGACAGCAAGAAAUAUAUGUAGAGUUUUGUCUGUGUGUUAAUUAUUUUCGCCGUUAAAUAAACUCGUCAUAACACUA